CCUAGGUAAUGUUUGUAAAUUGUCACGUAGGGAUUGGCAUUGUGCUCUGUAGCAUUAUGAUAUUUAAUGAAGCCUCAGAACUUCACUCCAGUGUGGAAUCUUGCAUUGCCACUGAGUUCGAAGGUUUAUGGGCCCCACUCUACUACUUUUGAACUGAUGUGUUAGAGCAGAUAGGCCAGAAAGCUAACGAAUUUGCAUCCUGGUAGUAAUAGUCCAGCAGGAGCAGGUAAGUGUUAAUACUUGAGUGGGGUUUUUGUUUUUCCGGUGCUAGGGAUUAAACUCAGCCUGUGCCCGCUAGGCAGGUGCUCCACUCAGUGAGCUAUAUUCCCAGCAGGAAACUUAAGUUGUUUUCAGUUCUGUGUGAAUGCUACAUUUUAUUUUUUCGUGUGUGUUGAUCUCUCCAUUUUAUAUGUUUGUAUGUGCUGUAAAACUGUUGUUAGUGUUAAAAGUGUGGAGUCUAAAUAAUUGUAAGUUUUGGGUUAGUUUGAAGUAGGGUGUUGGUAAAGAUCGAUGUUAAAAGAGCCUGCCAAUCUAUGCCGAUCUAUACCUCUUUGUCCUCCCCAGCGGACAGCAAGCAUACAAGCUCGUGUAACUGGAUAAUAAUUUAACAACCGUAAGUAGACUCUUACUAGAAGGUUUGGGGAUCUUCUCUAGAAAAGAAUACUUUCCAGCCUGUUGUACUACUUAACAGGAGAGUUCAUUUGCUUGUAAGAACUAGGUGGAGGGACAAGGAUGAUUUCAGAGACAGGGUGAUGAUCUCGAGUAAGUGAACAGGCUGGGCCUUUCAGGCAGAAGGAAUUCAUUUGAUACAGUGUAAAUACCUGAUUUCUAAAAGUGGAUUAGUCAGGAUUUGGUCUGUAGGAGGAUCUUGCACUUUAGUCCUAGAGCAGUGGUUGAGAGGUUAAGCACUGGCUUUACAUGAUCCAAUGAGAUCUCGAGUUUCCCAUUGUCACUGUACUAGCGUUGGAACCUUCAGCGAUCCACAAACUAGCACCAUGUUACCUUCUCAGGAAUAAGGGAAACAAGAUCCUGCCUGAGGGCUUCCUCAGUUGGCAUACUCAGCUGGAAAUGUAAAAACCGUCAGGUCACUGGAUGGAAGGCUGGGCUGGUGGGUCGUUUAGCGCCCAGGUGCAGCCCUCAGCACUGCUAUCGGCCGUGGUCCCAAAGGCUGCCGAAGAUCUGCCAAAAUGGGCGGGGAAGUUGGCAGGUGACCGGCCCAGGGAAAGCUGAGCCCGGGCCGCAGAGGCUCCUUGGCGAAACUUCGACGCCUUCUAUUUAAAGGCGCGGGCCCCCACCCCCGCCCCGCGCGCCGGGGCAGAGCGCAGUCAGACGGAGAACACCAGGCGCGGCGCGGGCAGCUCCGACUCCGGCCGGGACUGGCGGGAUGGCGAGUGGCGACAGCAGACAAGCAACCGAGGCCUUCUUCGGCUUGGGUGCGGACGGGGAGGCGGCGCCGGAGAUGGAGACGGAGGAGGAGUCGGAGGGCGAGGAGGAGACGGCGGCCGAGUCGGAGGAGGAGCCCGACGCCAGGUUCUCAGAUGAGGAUGAAGAGGGCAAGACCAAGCAGGAGUAUAUCAUCUCUGACCCAUCCUUUUCUAUGGUGACAGUCCAACGGGAGGACAGCGGAAUAACCUGGGAGACCAAUUCAAGUGGAUCUUCUACUCCUUGGGCUUCAGAAGAAAGUCAGACUUCUGGUAUAUGUAGUUUGGAAGGGUCAGCUCUGAAUUCUCCUCCAGGAAAUGUUUCCUUUAUUGUGGAUGAAGUUAAAACAAAACGAAAAAGAACCCAGAAGUCUAAGCAUGGCUCAUUGCGUCGGAAAAGCAGCAAGAAAAGAAAUUCUCUGGAAUCGCAAAAUGUUCUGGCAAACGAAGAAGAUGGUCCUUUAAUUUCAGGAAGUCCAAUGCUAAAUUCUGAGAAAGAGAAGUCAUCUAUUGGCACUUACGAUAAAACAAAACGGAAGAAGACUACAUCAAAUACACCUCCCAUCACAGGGGCAAUCUACAAAGAGCACAAGCCAUUAGUGUUGAGGCCAGUCUACAUAGGAACGGUGCAAUACAAAAUUAAGAUGUUCAAUUCAGUUAAAGAAGAAUUAAUUCCUCUACAAUUUUAUGGGACAUUGCCGAAAGGUUAUGUAAUUAAGGAAAUACAUUAUAGGAAAGGGAAAGAUGCAUCCCUUAGUCUAGAGCCAGAUUUGAGCAAUAGUGGCACUAACAGAAUUUCCCAAAGAACUAAAUUAGUAGCCCAGAGCCCUGAGGCUGAUGUGGCAGGAGACCUUGCUCCACCCUGGAGAGACGCUCUCUCUAAAGGAUCAAAGUCCAUGACCUCAUUAUUUAGUCAUGAAGAGCAAAAGAAAACGUAUGUUGAUUCCUCCUUAAAUGCCACACCUGCAACUGAACACACAUUUUCCUUUUAUUCCAAAAAUGACACAGCAGUUCAAGAAGAACAUCUCAGACCUCCACAGACACUGUCACAACAACCAGUGGAUGGAUCAAAGACCCGUAGAACAGAGCCACCCAGCACUCUGGCAACCAUGGUCUUCGAAAGAGCAAAGGAAGAAGUGGAACCAGAUUCACAAGGAAUGGAAAAUUUAAAGGAUGAUGUAAAUCAGGAAGGCAUGGUUUCUGUCAAUCAUUCCAUGCCAUGGGAGGAAGAGUCUUUGGAAACAGGACCACUAAGACUGGCACCAUCCAUCCAAGAAAGGUUUGAGCCACACAUGGAAGGAUUAGAGCCGACUUCAAUAGAAAGGAUAGGCCCAGCAUCUGCACACCAGACCUCGCCUGAGCCCACACCCCACAGAGAGGAGGAACACGUGCUGGAGCCACUCGUGGCCCUUGCAUCUCAAGAAGUAGAGAAGGAAGUGGAAACUUCCCUGCCAAUCUCGGACACUGCUGAGCCUGAAGAUUCUAGUCUAGAAGAUGAGAUCAUAGAACUUGAUUAUCCAGAAAGUUCAUUAGUUUCUGAGAGGCCUUCCCCAUCACCUUUGUCCCCUGAAGUGAAACACAGAGAACAGUCCAUUCUAUCAUCACAGAUGACAUUUACACCUGAAUAUACCACUUUGUCUGAGGAAGAAAGAGAGGAAAUUGAGUCUGUUUCUACUGAUUCUGCUUUUGUAUCUGAGUAUGCAGUCCUACAGGAUUUGAAAAAUGAACCAGAGAAGCAAGAAGCCAAAGAAGUUUCUCGACUGGAUGUGAAGUCCAGCUCUGAACCUGCAGUCUUUUCAGAGGAAGACGAGGAACAUGAGUCUUAUUCUCCAGCUGUGGCCUCUGUAUCUGAACACACUCUCUCUCCACUCAUCACAGAGAAGACACCAACAUCCCAAUCCCCACUCUUUUCAACAAUUUCACCAGACCAUCUGGUGCUGUCUAGAGAUGAGGCCUCAGAGAGCAUGUGCCACACACCAGAUUCCAUAUCUGCUUCUGAAUAUUCUGUUCCAGUGCUUGCUGCCCAAGAGUUGCUGGUAAGAACAGGUGACCGUAAGCCCCCAUUAAAGUCCCAACAUGUUUCAAAGUCCAUGAUUCAGACAGAAGAAGAGAAGGAAGCCAUUGGGCCACAUCCCACAGCUGUGGACACUACUGGAUACCCUCAUUCACCAUCGCCAUCUGAGAAGGCUUCUGAACCCCUGUCUGCCAUGCUGAGACAUGCCGUUGAAGAUCUAGAGGAUGAGGAUAUAGAAAGUGAAAGUUUCAUAUCAUCUUCAAAACUGACAAUUAAACCCUUAAUUCCACAAAAUACAACACAGGUAUCCCCCCAAAAAACAAUAGACGACAUGCCCCAUUUUGAACCAAAGGGCAUUUUUGAGCCCAGGACUCUGCUAGAGGCAGAAAAGGAAGUGGUUGGGCCAUCUUCAUUGGAUGUGGUCUCUGCUUUGGCAUGUUCUCUCCCACCGUGUGCCACUGAGACCCUUUCUGAAUGCCAGGCCCCACUUCCUUCAGCGUCCUCCUCUGAGCAUGUGGUACUAUCAGAAGAAGGGAGAAUAGAAAGCCAGCAGGGUGCAAUCUCUUCCACACCUGCUUCUGAACUCUCAGGGCCAACACUGUCUGCAAUACCAGAGUCCCAGGAGGAAGUGCUUGUCCACACAUCCUCCCUGCUCCUAAAGGGUGCCUCCUCACCUACAAAGCUACCAGAGCAAGAGCAGGAAGAGGAAGACAUUGGGCCCAUUUCCCCUGAUUCUGCAUUUGUGUCAGAAUUCUCAUUCUCACCCUAUCCAAUGCAGGAAGUAGAGAAAAGGGAGCUGGGGCUUGAUUCACCACUGUGUUUAACAUCACCAUCUGAGCACACUAUUUUGUCUGAUGAGGACACUGAAGAGGCUGGGCUCUUUUCUCCAGAUUCAGCAUCACAGGUUUCAAUCCCACCAUACAGAAUCCCAGAAAUAGAGCAAAGCGAAGUCAAGCCACAUGCGUUACUAACUAUGAGGUCUGCUCCAGAACAUGCCUACUUCUCAGAGGCAGAUGAAGAAGAGAUUGGAUCCUCAGCCAGCACACCUGUGCCUGAGCAUUUUGAGCCAUCACAGGAGCAAAAAGCUGAGCCUUUUGCUUUCAUGCCUGUAUCUGAAGACCUGAGCCUGCCACCUUCAGCAGAUAAAAUAGGCCAAGCAGAAAUUAUGCCAGCUGCUUCAACAAUCUCAACCUCUGUAUCUGAAUAUCUUAUUCUGGCACAGCAAUGCAAAACUCAAGCAUCUUGGGAGCCUGAGGCUGAAGGUUUGGUACCACCACUGUUAACCAGUGGGUGGGAGAAGGGAGAUGGUAAGAGCAGCUCGCCAGCAGCUACAAUGGCGGCUUCUUCACCUGUGCUCUCAUCAGUGGAAAAGGAAGAAACCAGACCUGUUUUGCUCACAUCUCAGUCCUCAGUUUCACCUGAGCCGGCCUGUGUACUUAAAACAAAGCAGGAACCCAAAGUGUCACUCACUGUAACACGUGCAGAAGAACAGAUGGCUCUGCCCAAAGUCAGAAGGGAAGAAACUGUGACGGAUUCUCGAGCAUCACAGGAUCAGACACGAGAGCCGCAGCCCCCAAAUGUUCCAGGGUCUGAGAUGAAGUACUCAGUUUUGUCUGACUUGGUAGAUGAGCCAAAGGCGGAUGUCGAACCCAAUUUAGCUCCAACUGUGACUUCUGAACUAGAACAGAGAGCAUUGUCAAAGAAUGAGCCCAAAGUGAAAAAACCAUAUUCACCUCCAGAGGAAACAUCUAUUUCUGGACAUAAGGUUUUAUCUGCAGUGAAGAUGGAAGUGAAACACAAUUCCAAAAUAGCCAGGGAACUUCCUGCAGCUUCAUCUGGAAUAGAAAAGGAAGUUGAACACCAUCCACCCACACCACCGGCAUUUCCAGCUUUGUCGGAAGACAUGAAGAAAGAAACUGAAGCCAGCUUUUCUUCCACCACAGUGCCAGUAACUAAGCUUGAUUCAAGUUUAACUGAAUCAGGCAGAGAUGAAAUCCUAACAAAUUCAUCUCUUGCCAGCCCUGUGGGACAGCCAGGGUUAAGGCAAGUAGGGAAGAGUGAAUUAGAAAGGGGUUUGGCACUGCUUAUCACAUCUAUAGCCGAGCACUCUGCUCUUACAGGGGAGGAGAUGAGACCAAUUAAAGGUGCUGCUGGUGACACUGACAGCUUUUCAUCAGGAGGUUCAGCUUGGCCAGAGGCAGAGAAGGAAAUGAAGUUAGAUUCAUCUCCGAAUCCAUCAUCUCUAUCAGAGUGUUCCAUUUGGUCAAAAGCAGAAACUGAAGGAAUUAAACCCCAGUUGCCAAUAUCCAAAGUACCAGCCAAUGUGUCUGAGGAAGCCAGGGUAGAAGACACCCAAGGCCUUUCAUUCUCUACAGUUCUUGGUUCUGAACACUCCAUUUCAUCACAGAAAAAGAACUUGGUGUCUGUGUCAGAGGUGUUAAGGCUGGAACCCAAACUUCCCAUCAACUCAGGUAGUGAGAUAGAGAAAGAAGAAAGCAAGCUUCCUCCCUCACAAGCGUCACCUGCUCACGAACACACAGUUCCAAAUGACAAGCCCGAGGAGAAAACAAGGUCUCCUGAGCCUGAAAAUUUAGCAUCAGAUGAUUUGGCCCUCAGGGAUGAGAUGAACAAAGAAGCAGAAGAGACAUCUCCUCCAGUUCUGGGAGGCUUCCUGUCAGGAAAGAGAGUGCUCAUAAAGCUCUCCCCAGAGCCUAAGAAACACAAACAGUUGUCAGAAGUACCAGCUGCUGGGUCAGAACUCACUGAUAGUACAGAUAGAGAUGGAUCCUUAGGUAUAGAACCAGUAAAACCCAUUAUAAUGGAACCAGGGCCUUCUGUUUUAGGAAAGGGCCCCACUGAGCUUAGGAGCACAGGCAGAGAGCAAGAAGAAAACAGGGAGCUUCCUGUGCUUGCUACAUCUCCAGUAGAGACUAUAGAGGAAAAAAAGCCUGGGAAGACCCUUUGUAAGGUUCGAGCUGUUAAAGUGCCUGAUGUGAGCAGCUUCUUUGAGGAUAAGCCAGAUCUGGGUGUUAAACAAUUCUCAGAUAGGAAAGAGAAUUUGGAGCAGUCAAAACCAUUUAUGACAACUGAGCCUGCCAAUGUUACAGGAACAACAUCGAAGGAGACUCUCGUUUCUCUGGAGGAUAACACCUGUAUGCUGGAAAAGCCAGAUGGCUUGGCCAAUCAGCGUGAAGACAGAAAACCAGGCUCUGGGCAGCUGGAGUUCUCUGAUAGCAAUAAUCUGAUGACAGGGAAACCUGAGGCCGCUCCAUUGGAUACUGAUCACACAUCUGGAAUCAGAAAACAGGUUCUACCACAAGCUGUGAAAGAACUCCAUUUGCCAUUUCAAGAGCAAGUAUCUGUUUCUCAUGUAUCUACUGGCAAGGUAGAAGUGUUAUCCACUGAGACGUACCUUUCUGAAGAAAUAAAGGUGGUUCCUGUUGGAAAGGUGGAGGGAGGCCAUGCAGAGGAGAGAUGGAUCAGUUUUUUCACAGAGAGUGAGAAUUCAGUAUCAGAGAAAACAAAUGCAGAAUUUCCCAGGCCUUGCAAAGAUGUCCAGGAGGAAAUCACACUACCUCUUGAAAGAACUCUCCAGAAAUCAGAGUCUAGCCUAUCAGUGGAACAGGUAAAGGCAGAAAUGACCCCCAUUUCUGCCAAAGCACCAUAUUUCCUGACUGGAGUUGUAGAACCUACACUGGGUGGAGACCAAGAAGCAAGCCUGGCAGGAGUGUCUGGUGAGAAGCCAUUUCAAGAACUCAAACAGGUUCAGUCAAAAACAAUAGAUGAUGUUGAUGAAGGGAGAACACCAGCCCCUGAAGUGGCAGCAUCCACCCAAGGUGAAUCUGUCCUUGCAAUCAGAGCAGAUGUCAGGCUUCAACCCCCAGAGACACCAGAGGGGAAACAGGAGCCACCUGAGAGGCCAUUGGUGGCUGAACAAAGCCCUCCUGCAGAGAAGGGGAAGAAAGGAAUUUCAUCUUUCAAAUCAUGGAUGUCUAGUUUAUUGUUUGGAUCAAGUACUCCAGACAAUAAAGUCACUGACGAAGAUUUAGAAACCCAGCCAAGUCCCUCUGUAGAGAAAGCAGCAACUGCUAUAGACACUAAAGUUGCAGUUCCUGCCGAGGUCAAUGCGGCUGAGAAGCCAGCUGUUCAUUCGUUACCCAAGGUCACAGUUAAACUGGCUGAGGAACCCAAGGAUGUUUCACUUAAAUCCAGCAAAAAUCAAGAUCUUAAAGAAAAACUCACAUCUUUAUCAAAUGAAGAAGUUUCAAACCAGCCUAAAUCAAACUCUGAAAAUUAUGUUAAGAAAGAACUUGCAGACUAUUCAGAGGGAAUGGAUGUAAGCUUAGGUACUUCAGGUGGUGACGAACAUCUUGGAAUUCAGACUUGUUCCCCUACGGGUGAGAAACUGGUUACAAAAGAAUCCCAAAGCAUUGUUCCCCUUCAUGUUACUGAGAGCCAAACACACCAGAAGCCACAAAUAUCUCCUCCAUCUAUGUGGACUAUUUCUACUCUUAAGGAAGAGCCAAGUAGUGAUCACAAAGGACCAUGGCUCUUGCCAUCUGACAUAGAUAAAAUGCCACAACAACCAAAGUCAGCUCUAUCUGACUUCACAAGGACAAAGGAAUCAGAGAAGCCAGCACCAGUGAUUUUGCCCGUGGAUUCAAAAGGCAGCCUAAUUGAUCUUGGUGAAGACAGACUAAGACAAGAAAUGCCAAAACCUGCUUCUUGGAAAUUUUGUGAAGAGGAGGUGAAAUGCCCAGUGGAGGAGGAUAGCUGCUGGGAAACUAGAUCAUUUUCCUUGGCAGAGAAGACGAUGCUGGCAGGGAAGCGAGAAAUCAUGGCUCCCUUGGAACUUAGGGAAAAUAAAGCGGUAGGAAAGUUGCAAAUGACGCCGGAAUCUCGACCUUUUAAAUUGGAAGAAUCAAAAGCUGCUGAGAGACAGGAACCUCACAUCUCUCCAAGUGAAGAGCUCAUGGAAAAACCCAGUGAGGCUCUUGCUUCAGAGGAGAGGAGAGAAAAGGAAGAGCAGGCACGGGUGUACUCAGAAGGCAAGAAGCAGGGACACCGCCCCUACUCUCCAACUGCAGCCAUGCCGAUGCCUGGAGCAUCAGCUGUCUCUGUGGAUAAGGCCCAGCCUCCUUCUUCACUGGUUAAACAACCACCAGUUACUGAAAAAUCCGAACACAUAUUCGUAGAGGUAUACCCAGAAAUUAGGGAAAGAAAGGCAGCAGAAACCCAACCAUAUCUCCAGAAAGAAAAUAAAAUGUUAGUAGAGGAAAUCAAGGCUUCCCUUGUGGAGCUGCCCCAUGGAGAAGAAAUGGAUGGCCAUUCUACCCCGGAAGGAAACCUGGAGUUGGAGAAGUCAAAUGAGAGUAGAGUAGGUCUCAAAGAGGAAAGGAGGCAGUUCAUAAUGCCUGAGUUGUCCCUUGGUGCUUCAGUGGCUGCUGCAGAGGGAAGUAUGCAGGCAAGACCUCUAUCUAAGGAUGCCGAAAGGACACCAGAGCACAUGACUGGUGAAACAGAGCAUAUAGGAACACCGUUGACUCAGCUGUCACCUGUAGAACCACAGACUUCUCUAGAAAACACAAUGAAAAAACAAGAAACAUGGUCAGAGAGGCCUACAGUCCACACUAUCCAGACAUCUAAAGAUCACCCAGCUGAGAUGGCGAAACAGUCAGUUCUCAUUUCAAAGCGUCACUUAGAAGCUGUGGAGGACAUACACAGAAAUGAACCAUUCUCUUCAGCAGCAAGCAACUAUACUCAGUUUAUGCUUAGCUCAUUAGCAGUCCGUGCUGAUGGAAUGACUCCUAUGGGAGGCACACCCCAGGAGCCUGACAACAACUCUGUGAAAGAUGAAGAAUUUGCAGUAACCAGCAAGCCGGCCGGACUUUCCGAAGACCAGAAGAGUGCCUUUAGCAUCAUUUCUGAAGGCUGUGAGAUAUUGAAUAUCCAUGCUCCAGCCUUCAUCCCUUCAGUAGAUCAGGAAGAAAGUAAGCAAAUGCAAGAUAAGUUACAGUAUUUGGAAGAAAAAGCCUCCUUUAAACGCAUACCCCUGCAUGAUGAGAGGGAGGAAGCUGCUUCCUGUAAAACACGGAGGAGCAAGUUAGAAGAUUCUGAUAGGAAAAUCACAUCACUGACAGAAAAUGAACCAAAAGAGACUCAUGAGACAAAGGAGGAGAUAGCCACAGGCACAGAAGUGAGUGAUUUCACUCCUCUUCAACCCACAGUUUCCAGCGAAGAGGAUUAUUUUGAAAAAUAUACUUUGAUUGAUUACAACCUGAGCCUAGAAUCAGAAAAACAGAAAUUAACUGUUGAGGGAUUCUCAAAGGUAGCCACAGAAGCAGUGGUUUCUCUCCCAGCAAGUUCAGAUGAGUGCACCCUAGAACAUGAAUAUGACUCAGGACAGUCAGAUGAAAGCUUUUAUGGGCUAGAAAAGAAUGGCAGCACAUUUUCUCAUGCAGAGAUGCAAAAGUCUUUGGUUAUCAAAAAACCAGAUGAUAGAAAUGCUUCAAAGGGCGUCAGUAGGGAUGGGGACUGCAGGUCACCCGGGAUGUCUUUAUUUGAUGUAGAGGAAGGAGUUCUGUCAAGAAGCCAGAUGGUUCCCACUACCACCACAGGUGUGAACCCCGAGCUGCUAGAGGAGCCGCCUGCACUCCCAUUCUUAUAUAAGGAUCUGUAUGAAGAGACACUUAGGGGGGGAAAUGAAGGGGAAACAGCUUCUGAAGUAGACAAUGUGGAGUCUGAGGCAGCAUUUCCAAGGAGGAAUUCUGACACUGAUGAUGGAACAGGUAUGUAUUUUGAGAAGUACAUACUCAAAGAUGACAUUCUUCAUGAUGAACCUAUAACCCAAGAGGAUAAAGGCCAACACCUGGAAGGGAUGCCAGUGGGUGAAGAUGAUUCACAUCAACAGAGAGUUGUGGAAAGAGAAAUUGGGAGAAAGCCAGAAACUAGUGUUUGGGAGAAGAAUCUGGAAGAGGAACACAAGGCUGUUUACAGGGGAAGAGAAUCCAUAGGCCACAUGGAGACCCUUGACAAGGUACAGAAAAAAACUCCCAUUACAGAGCAAGUCACAAUGGUCACCCAGAAGAUGAGCUAUGCAGUUCCAUUUGAAGACACCCGCUGUGUUCUGGAGAGUGUAGAUGAGCCAAGCAGCCAGGGUAACGAAGCAGGAAGUGAAAGUCCAGAGGGCAAUCUGAAUGUCCCAGUACAAGUGUCUUUCCCAGAGGAAGAAUUGGCAGCCACUUAUGCCCCUGAAAUAUUGCAAGAAAAGCUGGUCCCAUCUGUGCCACAUGAAGAGAGACUCCACAAUGUCCCUGUACAGGAUGAGUAUGAGUUUGUUAACUCUCUGAAUCAUGAAACGGUCAGUCAAGGCAUCUUACCAGAAGAGCUGUAUUCAGAAUCCACACCCGAAGGUGUGCUAUCUCAAGGAACAGAAACCUUUGAGCACAUCAGGGAACAAGAUUUCGUAAGUGAGGGAGAACUGAGUAUGUCCAUUGCAUGGGGAGAGGUCGACAGGACAGAAGAGCAGUCGGCAUCAGAAUUGGUUACAGCUAAGACACAACAGGUUGACUCUUACUGCUACACCUGCAAAAGCCCAGUCUCUGACGUGGACAGGGUGCUGGGCGUUCACAAAGACCACGAGCUCUCAGCACUUGAUACAGCUGUAGCCACUGUGAAGAUUCAAUUAGGAGAAUUUCUUGAAAACCUACAAGAAAAAUCUUUGAGGAUUGAAGCUUUUGUUAGUGAGAUUGAAUCCUUUUUUAAUACUAUUGAGGAAAACUGUAGCAAAAAUGAGAAAAGACUAGAAGAGCAGAAUGAGGAAAUGAUGAAGAAGGUUUUGGCAAGGUAUGAUGAGAAAGCCCAGAGCUUUGAGGAAGUGAAGAAGAAGAAGAUGGAGUUCCUGCAUGACCAGAUGGUCCACUUUCUUCAGAGCAUGGACACGGCCAAGGACACCCUGGAGACCAUUGUGAGAGAAGCUGAGGAGCUUGACGAGACAGUUUUCCUGGCUUCGUUUGAGGAAAUCAAUGAAAGGCUGCUUUCUGCAAUGGAGAGCACAGCUUCCUUAGAGAACAUGCCUGCUGCCUUCUCACUUUUUGAACAUUAUGACAGCUCGGCGCAGAGUGACCAGAUGUUGAAACAAGUGGCUGUUCCACAGCCUCCCAGACUAGAACCUCAGGAGCCAAAUUCUGCCACCAGCACAACGAUUUCAGUGUACUGGAGUGUGAACAAGGACGAUGUUGUGGAUGCAUUCCAGGUGUACUGUACAGAGGAGCCUCAAGAUGACCAAGAAAUAAAUGAACUGAUAGAAGAAUACAGAUUGACAGUGAAGGAAAGUUACUGCAUUUUUGAAGACUUAGAACCUGAUCGAUGUUAUCAAGUGUGGGUGAUGGCUGUCAACUUCACCGGAUGUAGCCUGCCCAGCGAAAGAGCAAUUUUUAGAACAGCGCCCUCCACCCCUGUGAUUCAUGCAGAAGACUGUACCGUGUGUUGGAAUACGGCCACUGUCAGAUGGCAGUCUGCUAACCCUGAGGCCACAGAGACCUACACUCUGGAGUACUGCAGACAACACUCUCCUGAGGGCGAGGGCCUGAGGUCUUUUUCUGGAAUUAAAGGACUCCAGCUCAGAGUCAACCUCCCACCAAAUGACAAUUACUUCUUCUAUGUGAGAGCUCUCAAUGCAUUCGGGACAAGUGAGCAGAGCGAAGCUGCCCUCAUCUCCACCAGAGGAACUAGAUUUCUCUUAUUGAGAGAAACCGCUCACCCAGCUCUCCAGAUCUCCUCCGAUGGGACGGUGAUCAGCUUCUCUGAGAGGAGACGGCUGACGGAGAUCCCCUCAGUGCUGGGUGAGGAGCUGCCUGCCUGUGGCCAGCAUUACUGGGAAACCACAGUCACAGACUGUCCUGCAUAUCGACUUGGCAUCUGUUCCAGCUCAGCUGUGAGGGCUGGUGCCCUGGGACAAGGGGAGACCUCAUGGUACAUGCACUGCUCUGAGUCACAGAGGUACACAUUUUUCUACAGUGGCAUUCUGAGCGAGGUACAUGCGACUGAGCGCCCAGCCAGAGUGGGCAUUCUGCUGGACUACAGCAACCAGAGACUUGUGUUUAUAAAUGCUGAGAGUGGACAGCUGCUCUUCACUGUGAGGCACAGGUUUAAUGAGGGUGUACACCCUGCCUUUGCUCUGGAGAAGCCUGGGAAAUGUACUCUGCAUCUGGGCUUAGAGCCCCCAGAUUCCAUCAGGCACAAGUGAUCCUGAGCACUCAGAGUUUCUAAGAGUAAGAAGUCAAGUUUGGGGAAGAGAGCUGUCAUUCUCUUUCUCAGGCUCUGCAUAUUAUUCAGAUAUACACACCUGCAGUAGUACAGGCUAUGCAUGCCACUGUCAGUGUGUGACAAAAGCCAGGGACAUGGUGACUUACGGCACAGUGUGUGAGAGGCUGGAAAUGGAGCCUCCAUCCUUUGGUUGAGUUGUUUCAUAAAUUCAAAGGAUUUACACUUGAUCCAGGAACCAAAACCAGAGAAAGGGACUACUACCUGCUAUAUUGAUCAAACAGUUUCCCAGGUAGCUAGGUCAGAGGGGAGGGAAGGUUGUGUUACUGGCACAUCACCUCUGACAAAGAGACAUCUACUCUGCCACAAGAAAAUGUCACCUUACUUCACUAGAGGAUGAGUCCUAGUCACUAGAGAAGAUGCUUUAGCUGAUCUAAAUUUACAAUGAAUUUUUAUUAUCGCAUAUGCUAUAGAGCGAAGCCUCACUUCCCUGAAACUGGAAAUGUAGAAAAGUACUAGAUAUCAGAGAUUUCCAUUUUGUUAAGUAAAUGGCUAGCAUCUUAUAAAAUAAAA